UAUGUUAUAGUUAACACUAUUGGUUUGGUAAUGAAGUGAAAUUUCACUAUUUGCUAUUCACUGAUUGUUCAACUAUGUUGGUCUGACUAUCAUUUUUUGCUUUGUAUCUCUGCUUGGUGGCUGAAAAUUUUUAGCAAAAUAUUAGAUAGAAAAUUUUGGGUGUUUGUGUUCUCUUGAAAAUGAGAAAUUUAGUUCAAUUUAUCUGACAACUUGCAUAGUCUCAUCCAGUUAUUUUCAUACUGAGAAAUUUAUAGUGUAGUGUUCGGUAUUAAGCUUACCAAUGAAUUUUUCUUUAGUUCAUGUAAGGAAGUAGGGUGCCAUGGAUUGUUUUGUUUGCAAAAAAAGCAUAUCAAUUGAUUUUAUUAAUAGUCUUUAAAUAUGGAAUUUACAAGAAUGGCAAACUUUCGUGUUUGUAAGGGAUGUUGGCAAUCCAAUAGGAAGACAAUUUAAUGAAUCUCACUGGAAAGACAUGAUAUUCUCUCCAUAACUGACCUUUUUGAAUGAAAAAAUUGUCAGAAUAAAAAAGGAACCAAAGUGGGAAAAAUUCUUUUAAUUAUUGUAACUGAGCGUCGGGGCUACAAUUUCUAUGGCAAUUAGAAUUGAUGAUUUGAAAAGUCUUGUCAUGCUUGGUGGAUUUGAGACUUGAAUAUAAGGAAGAAAGAAGGAAAUUUUUUCUCUUCUUUUUCUUUCCAAAGUUUUGUUCAUUUCUUAACUAUUUGGGUGCUUUGUCUUGCAUUUAGUCUGCAAAUAUUGAAAGUGCAUUGGAGAACAAUGUCAUCUUAGGAGUGUGUUUUUUGAUAGUGUUUAUUUUAUCUCAUCUUUGUUUUCUAAAACUUAUGAGGAAUGCCUUCCAGAUGUGACUGCAAAAUAUAAAAUUAGGGAAAGUCGAAAUAUUUAACAGAUAGAAUUCCAUAUUGUUGGCGCAGAAUGGCAGGCUCCACUGGACAUGAUUAUGUAGAUAGUGAUGGUGGCUCAGAUAAUGAAUCUUUCGAAAAUUUUGAUGAGCACGAGACGUCGGAAGAUGGCCUGUUGCAGUGUUAUGAUUCACAGAGUAUUGUUCAUGAUGACUUGAAUUUGAUGAUACCAUCAGUAGAAGGUUUAACAGCAGAAAGCUCCGAGAGCUUAGAACCUUGUACAGGAAUGACUUUUCCAUCAUUAGACGAUGCAAGGGAUUUUUAUUAUGAAUAUGCCAAGCAUACAGGUUUCACCAUUCGAACAAAUAGAAUCCGACACUCAUUAAAGAACAUGGCUAUUAUUGGCCGUGACUUUGUCUGUUCUAGAGAAGGUUUUCGUGCUGCAAAGCAUACACUUAGGAAAGACAGAAUUCUUCCUCCACGACCAGUUACGAGAGAAGGGUGUAAAGCGAUGAUAAGGUUGGCAGCUAGAGAUGGAGGUAAAUGGGUCGUUACUAAGUUUGUUCGAGAGCACAACCACAAACUAAUGACUCAUUCUAAAUUUCCUGGGGAACUGCCAAUUGUAAAUAUACUUAGUGAGGAAGAGAAAGACAAAAAAAUCCAGGAUCUAUACAACGAACUUCAGCAUGAAAGAGAGCGGUCUGCGGCAGUCCAACAACAGAUACGCGUGGUUCUCAAAGAGCUUGAAGAACAUGCUGAGUUUAUGUCUAUAAGAGUUGAAGACAUUGUCAACAACUUGAAAGAAAUUGAACUUGGCGAUCUUUAGCGUCUCAGCCAGAGAAAAAAACAGUGCAAUUUUUAUAUGGGAUAGGUAAUUCAAUCCUAAUUUCCUGACUGCAUCAAAUUAGAGCAUCAAGUUCACCAUGUUUAUCAUCUGUCAUUGACACAACAAAUACUUAU